GGCCCGCGCCCGGUGUUUUUGAGCAUUAAUGUGCAAAUUUAAACUUUUCGUCGUUAAACACUUUUAAACAAUCAUCGUCAUCAUUUUCAUUCUUCUGGUUCACAAGUUAACUGAUAAUCAUUGACAAUAGAUAACGAACAUUUGAAAACACAACAAAACAUGAUAUAAUUAUAUCACUUACGUGGUUUCACAUUUGAAAUACAUUUUUCAGUUUUGACUAACGUUGAAAAUAAUUAAAUUUAAAUAACAUAACAUUUUAUAUUAUAACAUUAUUGUCUUAAGUACUCGUUUCAAAAAUGAAUAGUAUGGUUUACAAUUCGGAUUAUACUGGCAUAAAAACCGAGCCUGAUGAUUUUGCAGAUGAAGAGAAUACCAACUACUACAAUGACGAAAGCUUACGUUUCCAGUAUGAAAUGCCCAAAAUAGAAAUGCCCGAAUCGGUAAUUUAUUUUGCUUAUUAACAAUUAGAAUAAUAUUCCUAAAGUUAAGUUUAUAUAAUACAUUUGAAAAAUGAUAAUAUUAAUUUUAUAAAGUACCUAUUUGAUUGGAAUUUUACUUUAAACACUGCCUAAUAUUAUACAUAAUAAAACAAUGUUUUUUCUAUUUUAUCUUAGGUGUUCGGCGAGUUAAAUAUAAACAUCAUUAAAUAAUUUAUUUUAAUAGUUAAAUAGGUACUUAAUUAAAAUUAAAUAUUCUUAAAGAAAAUAUUUUAUAUAUUUAAAUGAUGGCUGUUUACAUGUUGACAAAAUAAAGGUAAAUUUUUUCCAAUGAAAAAUAAUUUUUGUUGUGGUUUAAUUUGUUACAGAUGGAACAAAAUUUAACAGAUAUGUGUUCUACUUUUAAUAUUAAAACAGAAAGUGAACCAGAUGAAAUAUAUGAUGAAUGUUAUUCGUGUUUUAUGUGUAAUGUGUCAUAUAACACACAAUCUGACUUGGAUGCACAUUUGCAUACUCAUAUUGAUGAUGAGACGUUUCAUCAUAGUAACAUUAACAGUAUAAGUGAACCACUUCCUUGUUCUUCAAUAAAACCUUCAAAAAACUUCAUUUGUCACGAGUGUAUGAAAAUAUGUAAAAGUCAACUGUCGUACAAUGAACACAUGUUAACGCAUUCUGGGGGAAAGCCACAUCACUGUAAGGUAUGUGAUCGUAAAUUUCGUCAUAUUGCAAAUUUUAGAAGCCAUUUAAAAUGCCACAAUAACAUACGGACAUUAACCUGCUCUCUUUGCCGAAAAACCAUUGUCGGUGAAAAAAACUAUUAUGUACAUUAUAUGGAUGUACAUAACAAAAUAUCUAUUCGUAAUCCUCAAACUGGCCAUACUAGUUCUUCUGACAGUGACGAAGAUUUCAACCCUAAAAAUCCGCAUUGUAAAAAGAAAAAAACAGUUUCAAAGAAAUUUAAAAAAGAUGGUGAACCUUUCGGGCCUUUAUUUGCUAAAAAAGCAUGGGAAAAAAAACAAAAAGAAUUGGAAAAUAUUAAUUUAGAAGUAAGAUUUAAAGAUAUAAAGUCUACAAAUUUUAAACAUUUAAAUUAAAUGUAUAAUUUUAUUUAAGGUUGAAGAAGAAAAAAGUGAACGUGAUGUUGUUCAGGAAGCAAUUGAAAGUUCACGGCAAGAUAUACAGAAUAUGCUUAGAAAAAGAAAACAACAAUUAACUGACUAUAAUACUGAAGAGUAUCAAAAGCUUCUAGAAAAUUUAAUUCAAGAAAAAAAUUCUACUGGUGCAAUUGAUUGCACUAAAUUAAUUGGCCCAUUAUUUUGGAAAAAUGCUCUUGUCAAGGCUGGUCUUAUAGAAGAAGAUAUUCAUCCAAUGCAAUUUCAAAGUAAAUUAAGACUUAUUGAGUGUUUGUCAUGUAGAAAAUGUUUUGCCAGGUAAUAUUAUACAUUUUAAUGAAUUUCAUUGAUUUAUAUAAACUUCUAACUGUUAGCGUAGAUUAUAUAGCUCUGAUUAAAUUUUAUCAUAUUUUAAUUAUUUAAUUCUAUUCAUUAUACAAGGUGAUUUUUUUAAGUUCAGACAUUAAUUAUAAACCUUAUUUAUUAAGUAUAAAAAAUCACAUUUAUUUAAUUCUAAUAUCAUUAAAUUAUUAAUUCAAUGUUUUUUAAUUCAUAUUUUGGACUAGUUGUAAAUCAGUUUAAAAAUUAAUUUACUGUUAAAAGAAUUGUAUGACUGUUGAAAAUAGUUAUGCUCAUGACUGUGCCCAUAUAUUUAUCUAAUUAAAUAGUUCCAAGAUUUGAAAAGUGGACAAAAUUGUUUAAUAUAUGAAUAUAUGAUCUUUUUUUGUUUUUCAUUUCUAGAUUACCUACACCUAAUGAUGGUAAUGUAUCUCCGUCCAAACCACCGUGUUCUAGCUGCUUCAUAAUAUCAAAUGAAUUUACACUAAAGAAACAUAAGGCUGAGAAACAUAGUAUUGAAAACCCACCACAUAUUUGUAAAGAAUGUUUGUUCGAAACUAGUACAUGGAUUGAAUAUGUUCGACAUAUGAGAUUGCAUUUGAGAUAUGCAUCUAAAUGUAGUGUGUGUGUAUAUAAUAUGAUGCAUAAAUCAGAUAAUGUGAUAUUUUUGUGUCAUGUUUGUAAUUUGACUUUUGAUUCUGAUGAUCAUCUUAAACAGCAUGUACAAACACAUUUAGAAAAUGGACAAUGUAAUGAUAGUUAUUAUACUGAAUUCUAGAGUUUAAUAAGUAAUUUAAUAUUAUUAUGUUUUAACUUGAUAAUUUUAAACAAUUUAUGUUAAUAGUAACAUUUAUACGAAAAGUAUUUUAUUUACUUAUUGCAACCAAUAAAUAUAUGAACUCGAAAUGUAUAUAUGAAAUUUAUUAUAGAAUAAAACUAAAAUCUGUUUU